AUGUGUGACGACGACGUGGCGGCACUAGUGAUCGACAACGGCUCCGGUAUGUGUAAGGCUGGCUUUGCCGGCGAUGACGCGCCGAGAGCUGUGUUCCCCUCCAUUGUGGGCCGACCCCGACAUCAGGGAGUGAUGGUAGGCAUGGGUCAGAAGGACUCGUACGUCGGCGAUGAGGCGCAGUCCAAGAGAGGGAUCCUGACCCUCAAGUACCCCAUAGAGCACGGGAUUGUCACCAAUUGGGACGACAUGGAGAAGAUAUGGCACCACACCUUCUACAACGAGCUCCGAGUGGCUCCUGAGGAACACCCGGUGCUCUUGACUGAGGCGCCACUCAAUCCCAAAGCCAACAGAGAGAAGAUGACUCAGGUAUGUCUUGUCACGUGA